AUCCAUGUGAGGGAGCGUGUUGUGUGUGCGUGAGGGAGAGUGAUCAAUCGCUCCUUCUCCGUCUCUGCGGCGUGGGAGGCGUCUGUCAAACGGACCCGUGGAGAGUCCUCUCUGUCCGUCCGAGUGGAGGACACUACACACCGUCGCCAGUUCAGAGCAGCUGAAGUUUGGAGCCUGUAAAGUCGGUGUUGCUCUUCGGGGGGGAUACUCCGCUGCCAUCCGGGAAGACCCAUCACAUUGUGUGCUGAAAGGAAGUUGAAGCAAACAGCUGGGUGCGUGUAAUCUGGGAGCCGAACCGAGCCGCCAUGGACGCGCUGAUGAAGGGUUUCUCCAAAGCCAAGGAUGGGGUCGUGGCAGCGGCGGAGAAAACCAAGCAGGGAGUGACUGGAGCGGCUGAGAUGACGAAGGAUGGGGUUAUGUAUGUUGGUACUAAAACAAAGGAUGGAGUCUCCACAGUCGCUGAAAAAACUGUGUCUGGAGUGUCUCAUGUGGGCGGAGCUGUGGUUACCGGGGUUACGGCUGUGGCCCAGAAAACUGUGGAAGGAGCGGGCAACAUCGCCGCUGCCACUGGAUUGGUCAAGAAGGAUCCAGCCAAACAAGGUGAGGAUGUCGCAGCAGUACCAGAUGCAGUGGAAUCACCGAUCGAUACUGACUCCACUGAACCUACAGAGGAGGACUCUGACGACUGAGCGGCUCGACGGCUUCACAGUCGAAGCAAAAUGACCCAAACAUUCCAUGUCACUCUGCCAAGUCCCGUCGUGCCUCGUCUCUGGUCCGUCUUGGAGUCUGUGCUUGCUGUCUGCGUUUCUGUGCGUGCCGUUCUGUAUGUCUUUGCAGUGAAUGUCUUGUAGGGAGACAGAGUGAUGUUGUGCGAGUGUGCUGGCGCGUCCUGCGUCCUGGGCGGCGGCUCAGGUGUGUGUGUUCUGUGACCAGCUGUCGUUUACAGUGACUCCCUCCCACUGAGAAGGCCACCUGAUCCCAGAGUGUGGGUGUGCGCGUGUGUGUGUCUGUCCACUGUCAGCUGGUUGGCUGCGUCCGUAACACAAACAUGGAAGUAUACCACAAUCUACAAACACCUAAGUGUCUCUAUAUAAAGGAACAAUUCACACAGAUCUGUUUGAGAUGGAUGCAUAAUGAUAUUCUCUAUUUUGUUGUGUAUUUUGUCAUUGUUUUUUUGCAAUGAGUACUAUAAAGUACUGGGCUGUUUGUGCAUUCAUGUUGUAUUUUAUAGCAUGUAAAAGUAAUAUUCAGCUUCACUGCUGUAUCAUGAAUUUAUUUGGAUUCAAAUGUUGAAUAAAAUAUGUAAAGUGUGGGAUUAUG